GUGGGCGUGGCUUCCAAGAGAGGGCGGCUCCCGGCAGGGGAGGAGGGGCAAACGAGAAGCGCGCGUCACGCCAGAUCUAAACAUUGAUUGGCUGGGGUGCAGUGCGCGGAGCCCGCCAGCGUCUCCGCCCAGCCCCGCUGCUCCUCCUCCUCCUCGCCAAGCCGCUCUGCUAGCACCGGCUCGAGAGGGAACGGCUCAGGCCGUCACCGCCAGCCCCGUGCGGACGCGGAAAGGCGGAAGGAGGACGCGCUCGUCGACUUGCUCCUCCCGCACUGGACUCCCCAGCGGGCACGGAGCCCAGGGGAGGAGCCGUCGCGGGCACGCCCCGCCUCCGGCCGCGACGAAGCUGCCGGCCGGCCACCGCCCCCCCUCCCCGGUCGGCGAGACCCGCCCCCGGCCCGCCCCGGCGGCAUGGAGGGGCAACGUUCUUGACGGCCGUGCCGCCGCCCGGGCGCUCGGCUCCUCCCGCCGCCCCCGCUCCCUCGCUCGCAUGUCCGCACCGCCUUAGCUGAGGAUGCUGAGGAUGAAGCUGCCACCGAAGUCGACGCACCCCAGCGAGCCGCCGCCCGACGCGGAGGAGCCCGAGGCGGACGCGCGGCCGGGCGCAAAGGCUCCGCUGCGCCGCCGCCGCGACUGCCGCCCGCAGCCGCCGCCGCCGCCCACGGGCCUGCCGCGGGGACUCCUGCCGCCGCCGUCGUCGCCGUCGCCGCCCCGGGGGCUCGAGCCGCCUGUUGCUAGCGAGCCGACGGCGGGCGCGGGCAUGCCGGGCGGCGGCGGGCACGCGGCGGCGCUGCGCGAACAGGAGCGGGUGUAUGAGUGGUUCGGGCUGGUGCUGGGCUCGGCGCAGCGCCUGGAGUUCAUGUGCGGGCUGCUGGACCUGUGCAACCCGCUGGAGCUGCGCUUUCUCGGCUCGUGCCUGGAGGACUUGGCGCGCAAGGACUACCACUACCUGCGCGACUCGGAGGCUAAGGCCAACGGCCUCUCGGACCCAGGGUCGCUGGCCGACUUCCGAGAGCCCGCCGUGCGCUCGCGCCUCAUCGUAUACCUAGCGCUGCUGGGCUCCGAGAACAGAGAGGCCGCCGGCCGCCUGCACCGCCUCCUGCCCCAGGUGGACGCGGUGCUCAGGAGCCUGCGCGCGACUCGAGCCGAGGGCUCGCGGGGCAGCGUGGAGGACGAGCCGAGUGGCGAUGGCGAGCAGGACGCGGAGAAGGACGGCCCCGGCCCGGAAGGCAGCGGCUGCGCCAAGCUCGGGACUGGAGGCGGGCUCGGCUUCAGGGCCCAGGAGGAACUGCUGCUGCUCUUCACCAUGGCUUCGCUGCACCCGGCUUUCUCCUUCCACCAGCGGGUCACCCUGAGGGAACACCUGGAGAGGCUCCGCAGCGCACUCCGGGUGGAGCCGGAGGACGCGGAGGUGGAGCCCAGCAACUUUGCGGGCUCCAGGCCCCAGAAUGACUCUGCUUGUGGUGACUACAUACAGAGUAGUGAGAUUGGUGUAGUAGAACAAGCCCAAAUACCUCAAGACGGACUCACUGUGGCCCCUCACCGUGCUCAGCGAGAAGCUGUCCACAUUGAGAAGAUCAUGCUGAAAGGAGUCCAGAGAAAAAGGGCUGACAAGUACUGGGAGUACACUUUCAAAGUAAAUUGGUCUGACCUUUCAGUCACAACAGUAACAAAAACCCACCAAGAGCUACAGGAAUUUCUACUGAAGCUUCCAAAGGAAUUCUCUUCUGAGAGUUUUGACAAGACCAUCUUAAAAGCCCUGAAUCAGGGUUCUCUAAGGAGGGAAGAGCGGCGCCACCCUGACCUGGAGCCCAUCCUAAGGCAGCUGUUUUCAACCUCACCCCAGGCUUUCCUUCAGAGCCACAAAGUCCGCAGCUUUUUUCGGUCGAUAUCAUCGGAGUCUCAACACAGUUUGAAUAACUUACAGUCCUCUCUGAAGACUUCUAAGAUAUUAGAACACUUAAAAGAAGACAGCUCAGAAGCUUCAAGUCAAGAAGAAGAUGUGUUACAGCACACCAUCAUCCACAAGAAACAUGCUGGGAAAAGUCCUGCUGUGAAUGUUGCUACCAGCUGUUCUCCAUUGGAUGGCCUUACCAUGCAGUGUGCAGAACAAAAUGGAAUUGUGGAUUGGAGGAACCAAGGCUGUGCAGCCAUCCAACACUCAGAACACUGUGUGUCCUCAGCUGACCAACACUCUGCUGAAAAACGGAGCUUAUCUUCAGUAAAUAAGAAGAAAGGGAAGCCACAAGUAGAAAAGGAAAAAGCAAAGAAAACUGAGAACAGAUUGAACAGCAGAAUAAAUGGAAUUAGACUCUCUGCUCCACAGCAUGCUCAUGGCAGUACUGUGAAAGAGUUGUUAUUUCUAGAUAUGAAUUUGGACAUUGGAUCUGGACAUGACACAUGUGGAGAAACAUCUUCAGAGAGUUACAGCUCUCCGUCUAGUCCACGGCAUGAUGGAAGAGAGAGUUUGGAAAGUGAAGAAGAGAAGGACAGAGAUACAGACAGCAAUUCUGAAGAUUCUGGGAAUCCUUCGUCAGUGAGGUUCGCAGGCUAUGGCUCUGUCGCCCAGACCGCUCCUGUCAAGCCACCUGUUGAGACUGUCUCGCUGGGAACCGAGAACGGGAAUCUUUUGGAAGCUGCAUUGACGUCACACAAGUACCCACAUAUUCCCUUCAUGCCAACUCUACACUGUGUUGCGCACAACGGUGUCACGCACAACGGUGCCCACAAGUCGGAAGUUGUCAUUCCAUCACCCAAAUCUGCAGAUGGCAAAACCAUAGGGAUGCUUGUCCCUAAUGCGGUGGCUAUUUCUGCAGUGAUGGAAUCCUCAAAUUCAGCCCCUCUUGGAAUCCUAGGCCCAGCGUCUUCAGGAGAAUCAGAGAAACACCUUGAGUUGUUACCUUCCCCUUUACCUAUCCCAUCAACCUUCCUCCCACACAGCAGUGCGCCUGCUUUGCAGCUGACAUUACAGAGUCUAAAGUUCCAGCCACCACAGGGAUCUUCUGACAGUUGUACAGUUAGCAUCCCACCACAGCCAACCGGAAGUCUGAGCAUUGGAUCACCAAACACUGCCUUUAUUCCUGUCCAUAACGCAGGUAGUUUCCCAGGAUCUCCUGUGGCUACCACGGAUCCCAUCACAAAAUCCGCAUCCCAAGUGGUAGGACUAAAUCAAAUGGUGCCUCAGAUUGAGGGAAACACAGGGACAGUCCCUCAGCCGACCAAUGUGAAGGUAGUUCUUCCGGCAGCUGGCCUCUCAGCUGCACAGCCACCAGCUUCCUACCCCUUUCCAGGCUCACCCCUUGCUGCCAGUGUGCUCCCCACCCAGAAUUCCAGUGUGCUCAACACAGCUACUUCUGCCCAGCCAGCAAGUACAGGCAUCAGUCCAGCCCAGUCCACGGUUCCCCCUGCUGUUCCUACACACACCCCAGGCCCUGCCCCGAGCCCCAGCCCUGCCUUGACACACAGUACUGCACAGAGCGACAGCACGUCUUACAUCAGUGCUGUGGGGAACACAAAUGCAAACGGGACCAUAGUGCCACCACAGCAGAUGGGUGCCUGUGGUUCUUGUGGGCGAAGGUGCAGCUGCGGGACCAGUGGGAACCUCCAGCUAAAUAGUUACUAUUAUCCCAACCCAAUGCCUGGACCAGUGUACCGACUCCCAUCGUUCUUCACUCUGCCGUCCAUUUGCAAUGGCAGCUACCUCAACCAAGCACAUCAGAGCAAUGGAAACCAACUUCCUUUUUUUCUGCCUCAGACUCCAUAUGCAAAUGGACUGGUGCAUGACCCCAUGGGGAGCCAAGCCAGCUAUGGCAUGCAGCAGAUGGCAGGAUUUGGGAGAUUGUAUCCUGUAUAUCCAGCACCUAAUGUAGUUGCCAACACCAGUGGUUCUGGGCCCAAGAAGAAUGGGAAUGUCUCAUGUUACAAUUGUGGUGUAAGCGGACACUAUGCACAAGACUGUAAGCAGUCAUCCAUGGAGGCCAAUCAGCAAGGCACUUACAGACUGAGAUACGCACCUCCCCUCCCCCCUUCUAAUGAUACGUUGGAUUCUGCAGACUGACCGAGUAAAGCUUGCCUACUUAAUGCACUCAAGUGUGGGGAGUCAUGGGGUGUGGAGGGGAGGAAAGGAAAGGUAUUUUGUUUCUUUGUCUGUACAUUUCCUCACUUUCUAUGCAGUUGGGGUUUCAUUUCUCUUUUACCUGUGUCCAGAAUAUGAAAGAAUGCAGUGCUCCUGAGCCUCUGGUCUCUUGGUCCAGCAGCCGGCUUACAUGUAUGACACUUGUAACUUCAAUUUCAGACAAACUCUUGAACGUAAAACAUUGAUGUGUCCUUUUUUUACACUGACUACUUGCUGUGUGCAAUGUUUACUGAAUCUUUAAACUGUGUAUCUGACCUUAUUUGUUUCCACAACACUGGUUAACAGUCUAUGGUUUUCUUCUUCCUGGCUUUCCUCACUUUGACCCUGAACCCGACUUCUCUUCCAGCCACCCUCUCUCCCUGGCCUGCGGCAAGGGUGCUCAGCAGUGUCCUUGUCACACUUCAGUAACCUGUCUGAACCAAGGCAACAUGUUUCACCGUAAAUUUUAGACGUCAGAUUCCCAAGAAGUAUGUAUAUAUGUCAUAAGAGCAUCACGUAAAUUCAUAUAUGCAGCACCUGUCCAAAUAACAUGAGAACAAGUGGGAGAGAGGAAGUCAGACUCGGGAAGCCACAAAUGGGGAGUGGACAAACAGGCUGUCCUUGAGCGAAAACAAGGGUUCCUUCCAUCACACUUCUGAGAGACUCAAAGGGGACACACCCAGUGUGAAUGUUGUUCUCUGUGCGCAUGUAUCUGUGAUGACAGUCAACAUCCAGGGCUUCCUGUCAUCUGCCACCUUGACCUACCCAGAUACUGCUGAGUGAAGAUGCCCUCUUCCUUACCCCGGCUGUUGCAGUGUCACACUGUGUUACAAUGUAUAUGGUUUGCUGCAUCGGAACAGAAGCUAGUGGGUUUCCUCAAAAGUCAAGUACCUGCUUCCUAAGCCAAGUCACUUUUAUAACCCUUUACCACUAUGCUUGAUAUAAUGUGAAAGACUGCGUGGAGUGUGUUGAGAUGGUGUUUGUUAAUCAUGUCAGUGUCGUGUCACUAAGUUUAAUGCUGCUGGCUUUUUAAAGUUCUGUUUUGUUUUGUUUUAAGCCGUUCUAUAUACUAAAUCGCUUCCAAGUAAUUUUUUGAUUUCCUGAAGUGCACUGAGGUUAAUCUGGGAGGUUGGAUGUAUCUUCGGUGACUGCUGCAUUCAACAGCAAGGAACAAGUACCACCAUCCAUUGUAACCUCAUGGGGUAGCAGGGCUUUCCAGUCCUUGGUACAGAGAAGAAGUGAUUGACUUUUUGUUGUGGGGGAUAGAGUUGGUGUGCAGCAGAGGCACUGGGAUGUUGGGUCUGGGUUCUGAAACCUGACAUUGUGAGACAAAGAAAAAACUUGAAGCAAAAAGAAGCUAGUUCAACACUUCAACAGUAGUGUUUGUAUUUGUAGCGCCAAUGUACAUUCUGAAACUUUCAGGGGUAGGAGCUACUGGGAGAGAUGGGGGAGUGAGAUGGGGUAGACAAAAGCUUUAAUUUAGAAAGAAAAAGUUCAAGUAAAGGAAAUUAUUUUGAUUAAAUAUAUUGUAUUUGAUCUGGGUAUUUUUGGACCACAUUAUUAAAUUGUUUGAGCUGCAGUUGAGUUGCUGAGGGAGAGCAUUGCUAAGCCUUGCACAGGGGUGUGUGACUCAUUGCCAGGUGUACUUUAUGGAGCGUAUUUUAUGAUUUCAAAUACUGUACUGUACAUAGGAGGUAUGUUACCUUCUCCUUAUUUGUAUGUUUACCAUAUACUUUGAUAUUUGAAAUGUUAUGUACUGGAAAGGCCACUUAUAUUUCUAGAACAGAUUGGAUUUUAUGCAAUCUUUUUCCUUGAAUUAACAGCAAUAAAAAAAUGAA